GGUAUGGUGCCUGGGCUGGAUUGCUGGAGUUGUGGGGAUCCGGGACACUUCCGGGAUCAAUGCCUUGUGAUGGAGCUGGGAACGGUGGUUCGGAUCCCUGACACUCCGCAGGCUGCCCCCGAUCGGGCCAGAGCAUACCAGAUACCGACUUCUGAUCAUUUCUUCAUAAAACAUGAUUUGUGAAGCACAUUUGCCAAGGGUUAUUCGCCUAAGAUUCAUUUUGACAUUUGGACUCAUUUUAAUUCUGUCAUUUACCAAGCCGGAUACUGUAGAGUUAUCAGAUGAAGGGAAUGACAUUUGUGUUGGCUAUGAGGACAUGCAUUGUGCAGACAUUUAUAUUAGGAAGUCUGAUGGGAGUAUGGAUUUUCACUUUAAACACUCAUUCAAAGACGUGGACAAUCAGACGAACCUUUACUUAAAACUUCCUCCCACCCUCCAUUAUUUCAACUUUGACAACAUCACCUGUAUCCUGGACAUGAAAGAUCAACUCAACUGUUCUUGGAAUAUAACUGGUCUCCCUAAAAAUGCACAGUACUCGGCUUAUGUAGUCCAAGAAAAUUCAAACCAUCAGUUGAAUUGUUCUCAUAAUGUGGCAAAUGAGGCUGUUGAAUGCCAUGGCCAUAAUGCUUUUAAACAUUUAGAACAUGUGGUUGUUAAAGUAAAUGUUUCAAUACCAAAGCACUGGUAUGUUGUUGGAAAAGAGAUACAUAAAGGAAAUAUAGUAAAGCUUGACCCCCCAAAUAACAUCAACAUUUCAAACCGGUUAAAUGAGCUGGAAAUAAAUUGGACAAUUCCUGAGGCUGAAAUGUACAGUAAAAAUACUGAAUGUUAUAAGUAUGAGUUGCAGAUCAACGAUGAGGUGGUUCCUUUGUCAGAAGGACAGUUAUCAUAUAGUAAGAAAGAUAUAGACCUGACAAGAAAGUAUGCUAUUAAGAUGAGGGUGAUUCUAUCUAAGCACUGCUUUGAUGCCAUUUAUUGGAGUGACUGGAGCAAUGUACUGGAGGUUGGUCCAUUUGAAAAGGUGUACCAGGUGAAUCCAUGGGUGAUAAUAGCAUUUGUCCUUCCUAUGCUCCUUUUGUCUUUCCUGUUGAUCUGCAAGUGCCAAAGGCUCACGGAAAAGCUUUUUCCUCCCAUCCCAAGCCCAUCUGUGAAUGUGAAAAAACUUCUUGAGAAAGACAACUUCUGCCAGCACAUUACACACAUUUGUGUGGAGUAUGACAAAGUCACCACAGUGUAUGGAACUGAGGAGAGGAAUGGUUAGAUCAUGACAUAAAGAUCUUAAAAUAAUCCCAGUAUACAGAUUUGUAAAUACAUGGAAAGGAUUUGGGAAGACUCUGGAAUUCUGUUUUCAUUGGCUAUCUUUACAUGUACUCCAACUGUCUUUUAUUGUACAACAAAAGUUUUACUGAUGGUCAGAAACACUUCCAAACAGAAGCCUGGUUUCUUCUUUUCAGCCAUGUUUUUGGCCCUGUGCAUAAACAUAACUUGUCAUCUGUUUGCAGUACAUGCGCACUUUGGUCAGAGUGGAAAUGUGAUUUAAGCAUAUAAAGUACAUACCUGUAAAGUGCAAUUAAAACUGCAGUACGCCAUAUACAGUAUUUUACUGUGAUUAUUGUUACUCUAAUUAUGAGCAUAAUUGUAAUAACAGUAUUUUGUUUAUAUGUGCUCUAACUCCAUUACAGUACUUGCUUAAUCGCAUUACAGGGGUGCAUGUAAAAAUAGCCACUGAGGAAAAUUAGGGAGCUGAACUUAAAAUGUUCUUUGGUGACUUUUUAUGAACAUAAUAUGUACAUGUGUUUAUAAAUGUGAGAAAUCCAGAGCUAGAGGUCAAACAAUUCUUAUGUGGUUUUGUAGCUAUUUAAGUAACAUUCGAUUCAUGUCAUAACAUUCACAGUUGAAUCAUUUUACCUGUAUGUUUAAACUCAAAUCCAGUCUGUGCUUGUAAAUGUAUUAUGCUUAAGAAAUAUUGAGCAUAUAGUACCUAUAUGAGUGUAUGUAGCUUUUCAAUUGGCUUUGUUUUCUAAAGCUAUUUUGCUUGCUCCUUAAAAUUGAAUAUUUCUAAAGAUCUAAAGAGCCUCAAAAUCUUGUGUUUGAAAUCCUGGCUGUUUUAUAUAACUGAGGCAAAUCACAGAAAUUACCAGCCGGAUGAACUGCGAUGCACCUAAUUGAUCUCUGCCUGCAUCACCUCGGUCUAAUGAUGGACUACACUCUUGAAUACAUAGACUAUCAAUUAAUUGCCAACAAAACGCUUCAUCAGCCAAUUAACAAGGACAAUGCAUCUAUGUGAACUUCUGCAGUUAAUCCAGGAUGGACUUCAAAGACAAUAGUCAUUAAUCUUAUAGUUAUUACAAAAUCUUUGUUUAAACACUGACCCUUAACACUUACUUAAAUAAUUUUAAACCAUGACUUGCACUAUACAUAAGUAAUAUUGACAUUAUAUUAAUGAUGUUAGCCAGAGGGGAACUGGCCCCCACAGUGAGCCUUGUUUCUCCCAAGGUUAUUUUUCUCCAUUAACCAACAUCUUAUGGAGUUUUGUGUCCCUUGCCACAGGGUUUAUAAAUAAAAAAAUUUAUUCAAGUAUUUUUAAACAAUUAACAGUCGUAUUUUAUCAAACUACACAAUGAUGACUAAGACAUUAUAGAUAUUACAGUUUCAUUUUCUGUUAAUGCAUGAUCUUCUGUGAAGCUGCUUUGAAACGAUGCGUGUUGUGAAAGGCACUAUACAAAUAAAAAUGACUUGACCAUA